CGUUGCUACCCUCAGAUUGGGUCAUCCACCAUGGCUGAGUGUGCAAGAGGAAGUGAAACUGAGGCCGAGUGUCCCAAGGCUGAAAGUGGCACUUACACAGAUGAUGGGACCUCUAAUCCGGAAUAUCCAUCCAAAAAGUAUGGCCGACAGCGUUACUGUGAGGGUGACAUGCAGUAUAAAGAUUAUGUUCAGAGUGAGAGAAACUUAGAGUAUGAUAUCUGUAACAUGUGGUGCAGUAAGCCACUUUCUGUCCUGCAAGAUUACUGCGAUGCUAUUAAGGUCCAUAUCUUCUGGCCACUUCUGUUUCAAAAUGAGAACAGUUCCAUCAUAUCGCGACUUCACCCCUGUGUGGAUCCUACGGAUUCUCUAGCUCCUGAGAUGAGUUUGAAGAAAUUACAGCAUAUUGAGUUGAUGGAAGAUAUUGUUGAUUUGAUAAAGAGAGUUGUGAAUGAUCCAUUCUUUAUCGGAAGCUUACUGCGAAUUGGCUACAAAAUUGAAAAUAAAAUCUUGGCCAUGGAAGAAGCUUUGAACUGGGUGAAAUAUACUGGUGAUAUGACAAUUCUGCCUAAGUUGGGAGCCAUUGACAAUUGUUGGCCCAUGUUGAGUAUUUUCUUUACCGAAUAUAAAUACCACAUAACUAAAGUGGUGACAGAAAGCUACAAUUUGCUGCAAGACUUUAAAAUACAAAACUGUCCGGAGUGUAUCGAGCAAGGGGAAGUCAUGAAGGUCAAAGGAAAUGACGCAUUUUCCAAAGAAAGAUUUGAUAUGGCUAUUAUCUAUUACACCAGAGCCAUUGAGUAUAGUCCGGAAAAUCACGUUCUUUACGGUAACCGAGCGCUUUGUUUUCUUCGCACUGGACAGUUGAGAAAUGCUCUCGGUGAUGGAAAGCGAGCAACCAUUCUGAAGAGUGGUUGGACCAAGGGUCAUUAUCGUUAUUGUGAUGCUCUUUCUAUGCUGGGGGAGCUUGACUGGGCCCUACAAGCAAAUAUAAAGGCUCAAAUACUCUGUAGGAAUGACCCUGAGGGGAUCAAGGAUCUAACUCAGCAGCAGUUUAAGUUGCAAAAUCAAAUAGAAGACCUGCAAGGUCGAGCCACAAAUCGGAAUCCAAUUAAAGCCUUUUACGAAAGCAGGGCCUACAUCUCUACUUUAUCAGCACCUGCAUUCACGGCUUCACUCAACUUCGUGGAUUGUAGAAAAGAUUCCAGGAAGUCCAAUCCCAGAAUGGCCAGUGGUGGUCGUCAUAAUUCAAGGAUGGGGAACGACUCGUCAAAAUCCGAUGACUCUGGCUAUAAUUCUGAUAUUGGACAGGCCUCAGGCCAGACUUCAAAACAUAAGGGAAGACAGAGAUCCAGAAACAAUGAAGCGGAGAGAUUCAGUGCUUCAAACUCAGAAACAACUCUACCUAUGGAUUUAAAAACCCUCUUGGAGAAUCAGUUUUCUAAAUCUUCCAGAGCUGCAAACCAGGACUUUGCAAACAUCAUGAAGAUGCUGAGGAGCCUCAUCCAGGACGGUUACACAGCUCUGCUGGACCAGAGAUGCCGGAGCGCCGCUCAGGCCUUCAACGAGCUGCUCAAUGGGCUGGACCCUCAGAAAAUCAAGCAACUGAACCUAGCCAUGAUCAACUACGUCUUGGUCGUCUACGGACUGGCCAUUUCUCUCCUUGGAAUAGGACAGCCUGAGGAAUUGUCAGAGGCUGAGAACCAGUUCAAGAGGAUGAUCGAACACUACCCCAGCGAGGGCCUUGACUGCCUGGCCUACUGCGGGAUUGGAAAAGUGUACCUGAAGAAAAACAGGUUUCUGGAAGCUCUGGAUCACUUCCAGAGAGCCCGGACCUUGAUUUGCCGCCUCCCUGGAGUUCUGACUUGGCCCACAAGCAAUGUGGUGAUCGAGGAGACAAAGCCUGGAAAGAUCAAGAUGCUAUUGGAAAAAUUCGUUGAGGAAUGCAAGUUCCCUCCAGUACCUGAUGCUAUUUGCUGCUAUCAGCAGUGCCGAGGAUACUCCAAAAUCCAGAUCUACAUAUCAGACCCUGAUUUUAAGGGCUUCAUUCGGAUCAGCUGCUGCCAGUAUUGUAAGAUUGAAUUUCACAUGAAUUGUUGGAAGAAGUUGAAGACCACCACCUACAAUGACAAAAUCGACAAGGACUUCCUGCAGGGAAUCUGUCUUACCCCUGACUGCGAAGGAAUCAUUUCCAAGAUCAUCAUCUAUAGCAGCGGCGGAGAAGUUAAAUGUGAAUUUGAACACAAAGUCGUAAAAGAGAAAGGUACUCCAAAGCCUAUUCUGAAGCAGAAGUGUUCUAGCGUGGAGAAGUUAAAACUGAAAGAAGAAAAAAAGCUGAAGAGAAAGAUCCAGAAGAAGGAAGCAAAGAAAUUAGCCCAGGAGCGAUUGGAAGAGGAUCUGCGGGAAAGGAAUCCCCCCAAACAGGAAGAGCAGAAGAAAGAAGCAGCCCAGAAAUGCCAGUGCCUGGAUGACAGGAUCCUGCAGUGCAUCAGGCAGUACUCGGACAAGAUCAAAUCCGGCGUCCUGAACCCCACCAAGCUUCUCAAGGAGCUGCUGUCCUGGAAGGUGCUGACCACUGAGGACUACACCACUUGCUUCUCCAGCCGCAACUUCGUCAAGGAAGCCGUCGACUAUGUCAUUCACUUCUUGAUUGAGAAAAAUAACCGUGUGAAGACGAGAAUCUUUGUGCAUGUGUUGAGUGAACUCAAAGAAGUGGAGCCAAAACUUGGGACCUGGAUCCAGAAGCUCAAUGGCUUUGGCCUUGAUGCCACAGGACCUUUUCUUUUACGAUACGGAGCAUCUCUGAAGGAUAUUGAUUUCAGCAUCAUGACUUUUCUCUGGAAUGAGAUGUAUGGCCAUAAACUGGCUUCCAUUGAAGGCAAGCAGCUGGAUUAUUUCUUUGAGCCAUCGUCCUCAGAGGAGGCAAGAUUUCUGAUAUGGCUCCUGGAGGAAAACAGGGAAAAAUUCCCGGCAUUGCAGAGUGCUCUGGACGAAUUCUUUGAUGUAAUGGACAGUCGCUGUACCGUGCUGAGGAAACAUGACAGUGGGGAGGUUCCGCUGAGCACUCCCAAGCCAAAAAACAAAGGCAAGAAAAAGAAGCCGAAAGAUUUAAAGCCCAAGUUAGUUGGAUCUGGAACAGCUUCAGUCACAACAAAUAACGAUGCUGUCACCUCUGGCGAAGACCAUAAAUCCACUGCCAGUUCUUCAGGCCCAUUUGUGAUCCCUGAGCAUCUCCGGCAGGACGUGGAAGAAUUCGAAGCCCUGUAUGAGCAGCAGAACAGCGGCGAAUAUGUCGUCCGCAACAAGAAACUCUGGGACAUCAACCCAAAGCAGAAAUGUUCGACUCUGUAUGACUACUUUUCUCAGAUGCUGGAGGAGCACGGCCCCCUGGACAUGAGCAACAAGAUGUUCUCCGAGGAAUAUGAGUUUUUCCCUGAGGAGACCCGGCAGAUCCUGGAGAAGGCAGGCGGCCUCAAGGCCUUUCUCCUGGCCUGCCCACGCUUCGUGCUCAUCGACAACUGCAUCGCACUGAAGAAAGUCGCAUCCCGCCUCAAGAAGAAGCGAAAGAGGAGGAACAUCAAGGUGAAAGUCGAGGAGAUCACAGCCAAGUCCGGGGAGUAUCUGAGGGCCAAGCUCCCCCUUAAUCCAGCCGCUCGGGAAUUCAAACCCGAUGUCAAGCCCACGGCCCCAGCUGCCGUUGAGCUGCCCAGAGCAGCACCUGCCAAUGCGAGUCCCCCCAAGCCAGCAUCUGAAGUGGCUCCGAAGCCCAAAUCCCCAAAAGCUACAUCAGGUCCUGCCUCUGGAUCACUCCCCGAGGCUGCACCCCCCAAAGCUGGGGUCACUCCUGAGUCCCCCUUGCCCAGUGCCAAAGACGCAGGUCUCCAGUGUGUCUCCUGCCCUUCUCCAGUUAAGGCAUCUGAGGCCGUGGCACCCACCUACUGGGCACAACCCCAGGUGGUCUCGGGCUACUGCGCCUAUGUCCCCGUCCGGGGCUUCGGCAUUGCCCAGACGCCCCCCACUUACAUCAACGUGAUCACCAGCAUGCCCACCUAUGCCAGUGUGUGCGCCCCCGUGGCAGGGGCAGUUCCCACCGAGUACACCAUGCCCAGGCCCGUGCCCGUGGUCCCCAUGUUCGUGGCCAGCGCCGCAGCAGAGGAGACAGCUGCGCCCUGUGUAGAGGGUCCCCCACUGAGUGCCCAGGGAGUCCCUGCUGACAAGACAGCCUGCAAGAUACAGAUCUUGGCAAAACCGGCCAUGCCUCCACGCAUCAUGGAAGAGUCGGCCAGCCAGUGCCAAGAAGCAGAUUUUCCACCCACAAAAGUGGCUGCCAUUCAGGUGUCUUUGCUUCUGGUGGAUCAAGAAAUCAACACUGAGCCCUUCAGCCCCUUUGAGGCCAAACUGGGAGAAAUUUCACAGCUUGAAAAGGAGUACUACAUUCUGCAGCAGCAGCUGCAGGAAGCCUGCAACAGUUACGAGCAGAAAAAACUGCAGAGCUCAGAAGAGACCAAGGAUCUGGAAGAAAAGCUGACAAGGAACUUGGAAGAAAACAAGAUUUCAAAGACAGAAUUGAACUGGUUCCUUCAAGAUUUGGAGAAAGAAAUAAAAAAAUGGGAGCAGGAGAAGGAAGAGAUCCAAGACAAACUCAAAGCACUCAAAAAGAAGAUGAAGACAUUUUUGACUUCCAGUGAGACAUACCACAGAAAAAAUGACAACCAUGAUCAGGACCAGGAAUCCUCUCUGGAUGAGGCUCCUGAAAUCAGUCGCAUAUUCGCCGAGGAGAAGGCGCAGGUGGAGGAAUGCAUCAAGAGAGGCAAAGACAGCUACGAAGAGAGUCUUCAACGGGCCAUGUCUGCUGAGGUGGCUGUGCUUGAAACCUGGAAAGAGACUGAAAUGUACAAGUUACAGGUCAUGGAGUCCCAGGCUGAAGCUUAUCUGAACAACCUCAAACUCAAGAGGAGUGAUUCUGCAGCCUCUCCAGAUCUCGAUUCUGACAUACAGACCUGGGAAUCUUUUCUCUCUAAUGUCCAGAAAGAAACUGAGAAAGCAAAGGCCCAGUUUGAGGAGCAAAUUAAGAGGAUUAAAAAUGGCUCUCGACUGAGUGACCUUUCUAAAGUCCAGGUCUCCGAGCUGUCCUUUCCUGCCUGCCGCAAGGUGAGCCCUCAGCCGACUGCUGAGUCGUCGGGCUCCAAGGAUCAGGCCCCUGCCGCUGCCGUGAGUCCCGGGACCGAGGACCAAGCAGCAGCUCCCCAAGAGUCUUGUGUGACCUCUGCCAGCGAUGGCCUCGCUGGAGCCUCUCCUACCGUAGAUGAAGCCAGCACAGACCCUACUGCUCUAACUGAAGUCCGCCAGGAGCGCCUAGAGCCUGUUGAGAUGUUGCAUCCACGCCUGUCUAUGUCCAGCGUCAUGGAGCAGCUCUAUGGGUUGUUCCCGUGUUUCAGCAGUGCCCAGCUGGCUGAGUUCAUUGAAGAAGUCUAUGACAGGGACAUGAUGUUGCUGUCGGAAUUGAGCACUGAGGAAUUUGUGCAGCGAGUGAUUGAGUUCAUGUUGGAGGAUGAGCCUGAUUCAGAGGAUGAGUCGGCCUCUGGUGCAGCCGCUGCAGCCAGCGACCCCGAAGACCUGCCCUUCUCUGCAGCUGGAGCCUCGGCUGGAGCCCAUGAGCACAGGAGAGGGCAGCGGAGUCUUUGUGCCAAUAAUUUCUGUGAAAUCUGCCAGGAAGUUUUCAACAAUUCCAAAAAUAUGCGUGUGUUGAGUUGUGGACACAAAUACCACAAAGCGUGCCUCAGGCAGUGGCUUCAGGAACAGAGUGACUGCCCUGUGUGCCUGGAACUCAACCUUCUAGAUGAAGAAUAAACACCCCGCCCCCCCCCCCAAAGCACCCGUGGGGCUCAGCUUGGGUGGAAUGCAGGAGUCAGUGCCAUCACCACCACCACCACCACCACCACCACCAUCAUCACCACCCCCGACAGCCGCCCCACCACUGGGGGGUGGGUUCUCCGGCUCCCGGGGGUCAAGCUGAAGCCUCAUCCAUCCUUUAGUUGCUUAGUCCCUUUUCCACUCAGAUUCAGCACUCAGACCACAGCGACACAGUGGCUCAGAGAGUCCGGGGGUUCCCAGUCUUGCACUGUCGGGGCUCCCACAGAGGCUCUUUGAGGUCAGAGCUGCCUCCAAAGGGGGGAUCAUAAGCACCCCUGAUAGAAUUUGUGGUCUGAAUCUUCUUGCCCAACUCACACGACCCGAGUCUGUAUUUCCUCAAAAGAACAAACAAAUUGACGUUUUUAAGGGGACGGAGCGGCAGUGCAGCAAGUUGGGGCACUUGCCUCACACAUAGCACUCCCUGAUUUAAUCUUUGGCACCCCAUAGGGUCCUCCCUGAGCACUGCCAGGUGUGGCCUAAGAA